CAAUUCAUAAGGAACCUUGUAUUACAUUUUCAAGUUUUUUUGGUCAUCCAAAAUCUUUUUACCGACACUUCAAAAAAAAAUUCGCAUAAAAAUCGAAAAUUUCAGUGGUCUAUAAAUAACUCAAAAAAAGUCAAAUUUUUUUGAAAAUUUAACUGGAUAUAGAUAACACUAACAUAAAUAUUUUGUGAAAAUUUCAAGUAUUUACAGUGAUUAUUUUUUGAAUUACAACCAUAUAAAAAAAUCGAUUCGGUCGAAAACUGGUUUUGCGUAAAAAUUCCCGUUUUUCCGUAAUUUUUUCUUGUUUUUCUCGAUUUUUUUGAAAACUGUGGGAAAAUGUUUACUUUUUACCUUUAUAAUACACCAAGAAUAUUCACUUUUCCAUCGGAAACCACCCUCAAGUUUGAAAUUGAAGCAUUAUUUCGACUAGUUAUGCUGUACACAGACACAAAAAAAAGCAUACAUCAUUGUAAAAUCAAUACAUUCAUACCUCCGUUCAGAAUCUAAAAUAGAUUGGUACAUCAGGGUGUAGAUAUGCAGGUUACAUUGAUCCGGAACGCAAAAAAUGCAAUGGACAAGAUGUAAUGCCGGUAGACGAUUUGCCAUUUGCCUGCUCAUCUUAUUUUUAUGGUGGAAUUACAUGUUUAGACGAUUUCACAAUCGAAUCUUCUAAAAAUCCAAAUGAUGAUGAUAACCUACUAUCACUAACCUCAUUAACCAAGAGAGUGUUUUUAUUAUAUGGACGAAAAAACUACAUAACUAGUUGGACAAAUGUCAAUUUUUAUGAAGGAAUAAGAACUGAAAGUCGAAACUUGCAAGCAUUUAUUAAGGAUAAUCCUGUAGCGGGAAUAGUUUUGACUGGAAUAGACGGCCCUAUUAAUUUGCCAGACAAUGACUACUACACGAGAUUUCAAUCAUAUGUCACACAACUAAGGAUUAGCAUUAAAUAUUUAAAAGUUGGUCUGUAUUUAAAUGCUACAGCAAUAAUAUCGAAUAAAGAUAAUAAACAAUGGUUUGACUUUUCUAAGAUGAAUUUAUUAUUGGAUUACUAUUUGAUUACAUUUCGUGAUUUUAAUGAUUGUACUAAAGAAUUAUUGAAUGGUGGAACUACUCCUAUGGAUUCAAAAGAUCCAAAGAUUAAUACCUUAAACAAAUUUGCGGAUGCUUUAAACGCAUUAAACAUUGAUAAGGAAAAAGUUUAUUUCGAAUUUGUUAUGACACCUACGAUUCCUUUUGCUAAAUUACCAACAACUUUGCCAUGUGAAAUAACAUAUUCCGAGUAUUGUUUAAAUAAACCCAAUUUUAUGUGCGUCGAUAAUCAAAAUACAUUCUAUGAAAAAGGUCUAUUUGCGAAAAAACAUUCAAAAGGAUGGGUAGGGUAUGGUAUUGAUUUAAUCGAUCGUCAACAGGCAUGUAAAUGUGAAGGAGAUAAGUUCACAACGUUUUUUAUGCUAAUGAAGGGUUAUAACGAAAAGGAAAUGCUGACUUGCGAUAAAUUAAAAUGCUAAAUACUUGAAUUAUUAUGAUUGUCCAAUACUUUAAUAAAAUAUACUUUUGAUUAAAUAAUAAGUAUGUACGUUUCUUGUAGGUAUGUAUAAUUUUGAAUAAUACGUCUUAUUACAAAUUGGUAUCAUAAUAUAUUCAUAUUUAUCUGAAACUUAAAAAUAAUUGAUAUAAAUAUUUUACUUACUAAACCCGAACGCAAUAAAUAUAUUUUGAACUU